GUACAUUUACUACAAUGUACUAUCAACAACUUUGUUGCUUACUUAGGUACCACUAAACUACUAGCCAGUUCACAAAAGAAAAGCAAGAAUUAGAAGAGAAAAAAAUGAACAACAGCGGUGACAUGGAUGGAAUGGCUAUGGGGCCGCCGAGCAAUGGCACAGGAGGAGGAAGGAUAACGAUGAACCAUCAACACAUGAUGAUGCACGUCACGUUUUUCUGGGAAAAGAGUGCUGAGAUUCUCUUCUCAGGUUGGCCGCCUGGAUAUGAUAAUUUGGGCAUGUACAUCUUGGCACUUGUUAUUGUCUUUUCCAUGGCGGUUUUUGUAGAAUUUCUCUCUAGUAGCAAUUACAUUAAUGAGAGUAAUGUUGAUCAUGUAAUUGCUGGCCUUCUUCAGACAAUCUUGUAUGGUUUGAGAAUUGGUUUGGCUUAUGUUGUCAUGUUGGCUGUUAUGUCUUUUAAUGUGGGUGUUUUCUUGGUUGCUAUUGUUGGACGCUUGUUAGGAUUCCUGGUUUUUGGAAGUAGAGUUUCCAAGAAAUCCUCCUAUGAGUUGUUGUUAUUGAUAAAUUUUAUUAAUGGAUGUAUCGUAUGAGUUUAUUUUA